AUGGAUAUCGGCUGCUAUGCGCGGCGCAGGCGAGGAAAAGCUUGUAAAGGUGUGUGGGCUUGGUUGGGCGGACGCCGACGCGCGCACGGCUCCGAACAGGAGCAAAUUCAAGCUGAUUCUGAGGGAUCGACGAGAGCGCGGCAGGCGUUGUCGCGAUUUGACAGGCGCGAUGAUUGAGACGGAGCGGCGCGCGGCGGUGA